CGGAAUCUAACUCCUCCAUGCUAUAUAUACUGCGCGGUGUGGCAUCAGCCACUCUUCGCUAACUGCGGUCCGGUCGAGUGUGGUGGAAGCGUGUAGCUCUGACCACCGAGGCCAACGAGAGGACGACGGGGAGACGCGUGUGUUUUGCAAGGAGGACCGAACCAUGCCGAGCUUGGCUUCGACUCGCCGCUUUCUGCUGCUCUACGGCACGGAGAUCGGCACGGCCAAGGCCAUCGCACAGGACUUGUGCGCCCAGGCGGAGCGGUUCGGUCUCGACGCGGACCUGCACUGCCUCAGCAAGACGCACGACGAGUUUGACCUGGAUACCGAGCGAGACCCUGUGGUGAUCAUUGUGUCAACGACCGGUGAUGGGGAUCCCCCGGAAAAGGCGAUAAAGUUUGUCCGCUACAUCAAUCAGAAAUCCCUCCUCGAAAACCAUUUCCAGCACCUGCGCUAUGCACUGCUCGGACUGGGCGACACGAACUACACAAACUUCUGUAACUGUGGGCGGACGAUGGAUCGCAGGCUGGCAGAGCUGGGAGCGCAGCGCUUCUACCAAACGGGGCAUGCUGAUGAUGCAGUGGGCACCGAAUUGGUGGCAGAGCCGUGGGUGGAGGGGCUCUGGGAGGCCCUUGUGUCGGAGUGUAAGCAAGAAGGGGGCGGCACGAGUCGGGUGGGCGAGCGUGUCGCAGAUGUCUCGCCACCUCGGGAGCGCGAUCAAGAGCACGGAGACGCAGGGAAGCAGAUCUCAGAGUCGACAGAGAAGACUUUGGAUCAGACACAGGAAGAUAAAUCAUCUGAUCUUGGACCAAAGUUUGAUGGCAGUGAAGCGCAAAAUGCAAAAGGAGAUGCGGAAUAUCAAGCUAACGGCAGUAAUACAGUCGCCAUGCUAAGUAAUGGAUCGUUGUCCAGCCCUGUUAGCCAUGUGAAUGCAAAUCUUGGACGAAACAAUAUUUCUACAGAGAGGCAGCCGAGCGAUUUUGCAGAGAAUAUCUCUUCUUUGGCCAAUGGACUUUUGGCAGUGCACGUCAGUAGUAACCACGAGGCUAGAUGUACGGAAGGUCCUGAAGUUGAGGUUCAGAGUAGUGACUACAUAGUACAGGAUUUGGCGAUCCAAGCUGCACUGCCUCCACCUGUACCUCCUGCCUCUAGCCUCUCCCCAUCUGCAUUUGUUCCCACACCUGACCGUCAAGACCCAGUCACUAGCACGCCUCUGGUGGAGCCAUCCACAAAUUCCUCUCCAACGCCGGGCUCCACCGCACAGCCCGAGAAGCCCCUCGUGCCUUCGCUGACUGUGUCUGUGCCUCCACUCUCUGAAGCGACCCUCCAGGUGCCCUCAUUGCCAGAGCCGUACCUGCAGCUGCAGUUUGAUCCCAGCAGACCCGGUGUGCCUUGGCCAGUUCCGGCAGCUACCAGCCUCCCUCAGGCGGCCUCGGAGGUGUGCGAGGUCGCUGUGAGCGGGUGGAAGCAGCUGACCCGUGCUGAUGCCGUCAAGACUGCAUUGGAGCUGCAACUUGACGUCUCCGCCGCGCCAUUUGCACUGUGCCCCGGCGACGCGCUGGGCGUGCUGUGCCCCAACGGCGAGGCCGAGGUGGACGCUCUGCUGCGGCGGCUGGGCCUCGACGGGCAGGCCGACUGCACCCUCGAGCUGCGUGCCAAGCCCAACGCAAGGGGCCGCGCCUCCAAGGUGCCCGACUUCAUCCCUGCCGGCUCCUCCCUUCGGUCUAUCCUUACUCACGGCCUGGAAAUCCGAGCCCUGCCAAAGAAGGCGAUGGUCCGCGCACUGGCGGAGCACACGGAGGAUGAGGCCGAGCGCCGCCGCCUGCUGGAGCUGUCCAGCCGCCAGGGCUCGGCCGACUACACGCACCUGCUGCGAGACGCCAGCCUCGGCCUGGCCGCCCUGCUGCACGCCUUCCCGUCCUGCCGGCCGCCCGCCAGCCUGCUCAUUGAACACUUACCGCGUUUGCAACCCCGGGCCUAUUCCAUUGCCAGCUCUCCGCUCGUGACCCCAGGAGCAGCGCACGUGGUGUUUAACGUGGUGGAGUUUGCGGCGGGUCCUGGCCGACCGCAAGCGCAGCGCGGGGUGUGCACGGGCUGGCUGGCGGAAGUGGUCGUCGGUCCUGAGGCCAAGGGGAACUCCCGGCCUUCCAACCUCUCCGGAGCACCCCUCGCUGACCCAAAGCUGCUGUCUCCUAAAGCCGCAAAGAUCCCUGUAUACGCCCGCAAGAGUACAGGUUUCCAUCUGCCGGAGGAUGCGUCUGUCCCUAUCAUCAUGAUCGGCCCCGGCACUGGUGUCGCCCCCUUCGUGGGAUUCCUGCAGCACCGAGAGCACAAGGCCGGUGGGGGCACCGCGGCGCUCGGGGAGUCGUGGCUCUUCUUUGGCUGCCGCCACCGAGACCGCGACUUCCUCUACAGAGAGCAGCUGGAGGGCUUUGUGGCACGCGGCACGCUCACCCACCUGCGGGUGGCCUUCUCUCGUGACGAGCCUGCGGGGUCAGAGGUCGCGAGCCCGGGUGGGGUAGCACACCCCCGGUACGUGCAGCACAGCCUGGGCCAGCACCGCGCCGACGUCAUGCGUCUGCUGCUGCAGGAGGGCGCGCGCCUCUACGUGUGCGGGGAUGCUAAGAACAUGGCCAGGGAUGUGCAGGAGACUCUGGUGGACAUGGUUGUGGAGGAGAUGGGUGUUGCCAAGCUGGAGGCCAUGAGGGUGAUUGGCGGCCUCAAAGAGCAGGGACGCUACUUGCAGGAUGUGUGGACCUGAUGGAACCGAAGAUAGGAGGGUUUGUUUUUUACGGGCGAGAGGGGAUUGGACGUUCAGCAGUUCUCCUUGAACGACUCGGACAAACUGAACCCUGUAAAAUGCCUGCACAGAUCGUCGUGAUUCAGAAGAGGCCAGUCAAAGCUAAAGCCCAGUAUUUAAUAAUAAUGAUAAUGUGUCUCAAUGAGGUCCACCUGAGAGGAACAUUGGCCUGAAUUUAAGUCUUGCCGAGGCACUACUUUUGCUUAUUUAAAAAAUUUUCCCGUUAUUUAGGAAAACCUCACGGAUUAUCAUGACAUUUCAGGAGCAUUCUGCAUUGGGUUGUUUUGAAUUUUUUACUGCUGGGUGUUUUGCAUUUGGCAGGACACCAAAGCAGUGCAAAGCAGUGAGAGCAAGACAAUUCAAGCAUGCAAGAUGAUUACAUUCAAAACUCCACAUAGGUGGAUGUGUGAUGCCACUUGCUGUACUGCCAUCUCUUGGCUAACUCGCAGCCCAGCAAGCUUGGCAAUGUCACAAAUCUGUGAAUCACCAAUGCUUGCAUCCAUAAGCGCUGGAUUAUAGCGUGCGCCACUGCACCAUAUACAUCCCGUAUACUGUACACGCCUUAAUUGUUGACAAUAACAACAAUGCCAGAAUUAAUCGUGAACCAUCUUUAUAUCCAUCGCUACUAUGUGCCAGUAGUAGAGAUGGGUCUGAAUACCGCAUUCAUAUGCUGGGUUCUUUCGGUAAAGUCACGUAGAAUGGAAAGAACCCAGAAGAUGAAUCCCUGCAGUCACGAAAGCUUUAAAUCGAAUGCAUUCAUAGUUUAUAGUUGCUGGCAGGAAACCCGCCCUGAGGUCAUUCAGUGAAACGUCUUUUAGCUGCCUAUUCACCAUGCGUGUUUAAUAGUUUGUUAAGAAUAGCCACUCUUGGCAUGCGAUUUUUCUAUAAAAAGGAAGUGUUAAUUAUGGUAUGAGAGUGAUUUUCAGUCGGUGCUUUAUACACUGCUAAAUACACUACCUUAGGUUACGAACAUUGGUGUGGAUGACAUAAAUUAAUCUGUGGUCCAUAUUUGUUUUCGCGUUAGACCACGGGGUAGCUUUAUGCCAAAAUUCUUGUCAGUAACCCCUCCACCACUUGACAAGACUGUCAGGUUUACAAAGAUAAUUACGUUUUAAGGCUACAUUUAAAUGUACUCGCUACAUAUACAUUAACAGAAAACCCACAUUACCGAGCUCGUUAAAUUUCAAAAUCUCAACAUUUCUCAGCAACAUGGCCCUAAAAGAGAAACAUGUACUGUAUAGAGGGUGGCCCAAAAAGGUUUUUUUAAAAAAAUAUUGAACUUAACACUAGCAUGAAACCAUUUGAAUUGUGUAUUCUUUAAGUAAAUAUUUUAUCUAUAAAUAUCAAAUUUUCUUCUGAAAAAUUGACAGAUACUUGAUGAAUGAGUUCAAUUAGUUUUUAUGUAUGCAGAAGAAUGGCAGCUCUAAUCUUUUAUAAAGCCGUACAUUUUUUUCAAAAAGAGAAUUCAUGCAUGCAUGAAUGUUAAUCGAAGUGGGUUUGAACAUUUGUUAACUUAAAUUAAAUAACCGUAGAAAAUUUGUUUACAUAUAUAAUAACCCUUGGUGUCCUGAUUUUUGGGCUACCCUGUAUAUAAUAGGCCCUUCUGGUUAUUGCCCGAUUAGCAUGGUUUGGCUAUGUAUGGUGCAAAAUAAAUUCAACAGAAUAUAUCUUGUUGGAUUUCGAUGAAUUAAAAUGUUUUUUGUGUGUGCUUCUCCAGCACUGCCAACACGGCUUCACUAAAACACAAAAGUAAUCUUUGAGAUUGGCUAUGUGACAAAAAAACACUGUCGAAAACACUUCACUUAUUGAUUUUGGAUGAGGAAUUAUAUCAGUUUUACUGAACUUAUUGUGCAUUUACUGUUAAAUUUGUGAUCCUGCACAUUAAAUAAAGUUUUGUAUGUUACUUAGAAAUACAGUGGCAUUUAUAAAUUUAUAUACUCAAGCUUAAACUACUGUAAUCAGCAUUUAUAUUUACUAUUGAAAGUGGGGUGUGCACACAAUAGAAAAUACCUCAAAGCCAAUUUAUAUACGAGUGUUUUAUGCAGUCUUGUUGAUCAUGGGAAAGCUGGUAAUGUUACACGUGGAUAAUUUACUGGUAAUGUUGCACAUGGAGCGUUUGCUGGUAAUGUUGCACGUGGAUAAUUUACUGGUAUUAGUUGCACGUGGAGAGUGCACUGGUAAUGUUGCACGUGGAGAGUUUACUGGUAAUGCUGCACGUGGAGAGUUACUGGUAAUGUUGCACGUGGAGAGUUUACUGGUAAUAUUGCACGUGGAGAGUUUACUGGUAAUGUUACACGUGGAUAGUUUACUGGUAAUGUUACACGUGGAUAGUUUACUGGUAAUGUUGCGCGUGGAUAGUUUACUGGUAAUGUUGCGCGUGGAUAGUUUACUGGUAAUGUUGCACGUGGAUAGUUUACUGGUAAUGUUACACGUGGAUAGUUUACUGGUAAUGUUGCACGUGGAUAGUUUACUGGUAAUGUUAUACGCGGAUAAUUUACUGGUAACGUUACACGUGGAGAGUUUACUGGACAGCGCUGAAUAAUGUAAAAUCAAAGGAACGACUGUUUGCCCUAAUGAUGACCUUGUAUUGUUUAUUUUUAAAUAAGAAAGCUGAAUAUAUUUUUUUAGGCUUUGCUCCGAAUGAAAAUGUUUGCCGGCAUGUUUGUGCAAUAAUGUUUUUAAAAUGACAGUAAUGUUUCAAUCACUUUGUAAUGGUAUAAUGUAUGGUACUGUAUAUGACAAGAUAUACAAAUAAACACGAUAUAAUACAA